AUGAAACCUUCUAUAAUUAAACUGCAUGCCAAAGAUACAGAAGGUAUUGAUUGGAAAAAGGUAUUGUCCAGUUAUCUAAAAAAAAAUUAUGGACCCCAGCAAUGGUCAUAUUUCUUUGAUGAAGCUUUAGCUAAAGAAUUGAAUCAUUUAAGGACAAAUGCUAAUAGUGAAUUAGCACCCGAAUCUCUGUUGGAACAGAAUUUAAAAUAUUAUUGCUUUAUUGAACAAUUAGAUAUGAGACUAGGUAACCGUUCCACUCAAUUGAAAUUGAAUUUCACAUGGUACGAUGUGGACUAUUCAACAAACACAAAAGUAGAUACUAAAUAUACACAACAUACGUUGACAUUUGAGAAAUCAUGCAUAAUUUUCAAUAUAGGUACUCUGUUUACUCAAGUAGCCGAAGAAACACUAGUAGAUGAUUAUAAGAAAUCGAUUACUGCAAUGACAAAAGCAAUUGCAUGUUUCACAUAUUUAGCGGAAAAUUUUUUCAAUUCUCCAUCAAUCGAUUUGCAUGCAGAGAAUACUCAGUUUUUGGCAAACCUAUGUCAUGCUCAAGCACAAGAAUUAUUUUUAUUGAAACUGAUUAAUAAUCCUUCUACCACAGAAAAACAAUCCUCUUUAAUUAGUAAAUUGGCCAUAACCACAUAUGAAUUAUACGAUCAAUGUUCCACUUUCUUAAAGAAACCUGAAGGUGGAAUUAUUGUGUAUGGUGAGCCUAGAUGGAACACAAAUUUGUCAUGUAAGGCUUAUUUGUAUAGAUCCAUCGCUGCUCAUUACUAUAGUAUAUCUUUGGAACAGCAGAAUAAAUUUGGAGAGGCAAUUGCAUUUAGUAAAUAUGCACAUACAUCUUUAAUCAGUGCAUUACCCUUUAAAGCUUGGUUGAAGGAUUAUAUCGAUUUCAAUGGACUCAAAGAAACCAUUGAACUAAAAACACAACAAUUGAUAAAAGAUAAUGAUUACAUUUAUCACGAUUCAAUACCGCAGGGUGCCUUAUUAGAAACCAUUAAAGCCAUGGAUGCUAUCAGGCCAAUUAAAUGGAAUGAACUAGUAGAUCCAUAUAUGCAAUCUGUAUCUGAAAAAUGUAACAUUCUUUACAAAGGUAUCGUUCCAAUGAAAGUCUAUGAAAAGGAAAGCAUUUACUCUGAACAGAAAGCAUCUUUACUUAGACGUGAGGUUGAAGCCAAUGAUACUUCAAAUUUAGAAUUUGAUUCCUUCAUUGAAUAUACAAAAUUACCCGUGUUAUUAACAGAUUUAGAAAAAAGAUAUAAAUCGGGUAGAUUAAACAAUAAAGAAAAUCCACAAUUAGAAUUUAUGAGAGAUCAAUUGCGUUUAUUUAGUAAAAAUGUUCAGUCAAGUGUGUAUAGUGAUAUUCAGGAGCAGACUAAACUAAUUACGACUAAGCGGAAAGAGAUUGUUGAUACAUUGAGCCAAUUACCAGAAUCACAAAAGGAAAAUACUGUUAAAAUAAAAUCUUCUUUAUUGGAAGCUUCUAAGUCUGACGAAAAAUUGCUAUCUUUAGUGAAACCUUAUUUAACUGAACUUUCUCUAUUAAUGGAUAAUAAUACAUUAUGGUCUCAGUUUAAUCAAUAUGAUGAUCCAGCUUCAUCAGAACCUAGCCUACUGGAUAUUGAUGAUACUAAGACGGAGAAAAUACUCCAAGAACUAAAUGGAGUGAAAUUAUUAUAUGUGAAUUUGACAAAUCUUAAACAAGAAAGAAAUGCUAUCUUAUUAGAAUUAAAAGAAGCAAUUAACAAUGAUGAUAUAACAAGUAAAUUAAUCAAUUUGAAAAAUGCUGCUGAUACAGAAAUUCAAGAAUUAUUUAAUAAAGAAUUAGAAAAAUUUGAACCAUUAAGUUCGAGGUUAGAGGCAGCUAUUUAUAAACAAGUUUCUUUAAUAAAUGAAAUUAAGAUUGAUCUAGAUAAAAUUUUUACCAUGUCUGGCUUUCGUGAAAAGAAUAUGGAAGAAACAAAGAGAGAAAAAGAAAGAAAACAUUUCUUUGAUAAUUUAGAAAAGGCUGCAACCAAUUUUUCAAUUUUUGCUUCUGAUAUUCAAAAGGGUCUAUAUUUUUAUGAUAGACUGUUAUCAAUGUCUAAAGAACUGCUGGAAUCCAGCAAAACCAAUGCCAACAACAGCAUAUUUUCCAAUAAUAACAAUUUGCCUUCACCAGUGCCUCCUACUUUACCAGAACAACCGAGUAAAUUGAAAAAUAAACCGACAAUUAAUUCAUAUGUGGGAAAUAGCCUUGAUUCUUUAAUGAAUAAUUUAGAUAAUCAAUUUGGCAAUUUAAAUAUUAAUUCUUCUGUUCCAAACCCCAAUAUGACGAAUGCUGGAUUACCUCCAAAGCCUCCCAAAAAAAUUGACAGUAUAACUGGGGUAAAUAACUAUUACACUGUUCAAAGUGCACCUGAAGUUCCUGCUAGAACUUAUCAUCACAAUGUCCCUUCUAUUCCCUUACCACCUUCUUCAGAAAAAAACAUUUCAUUAUUGGAUUCCUCAACUACUUUUACUAGAUCAUUUGUGGAUGAACCACCAGCAUAUUCCAACCAUAGGAAUGCCCCACAAGUACCUCUAAGACAGCCUGUUUCAGAACACUCUAAUAUAUUAGAUAAUAAUGCACCUUAUGAAGAUGAAGAACGUGAACUUCAAAGAAAUCCAACAGCCUUUUACAAUAAAUCGCCUGUGUUUGAUGAAAAUAUGUACUUUAAAUAUGGGAAAUAG